AUGCUGAAAGAACCAAACGAAGUAGUGAAGCGGAUAGGACUGCGAGUCAAGCGGAAGAAGACUCAGAUCACGAAGAACGCUUUUUGCGAGGAUCAGGAAAUGAAGUUAGAAGGUUCUCCAAGCGGAGACGUCUUUUACGUAUAUCUCAAACGUUGGACGAAAAUCGAGAACGAUCUGAGAGAAGAAGUAAGCACGAGGCGAAGUGCAGCUUGGGCUGCCUUCGGGCCCCUAAAGAGAGGCCAAGACCAGCUGACGGACCCAAAGCUCCGAGCCCGCUGUUCGAAGCAACUGUUCUCCCUGCACUGUGCUGCACAGCAGAGACGUGGCCUGACACUGUGGCUACGAAGUUCUCUCCGAACAACCCAAGCGCAGGAACGACGUCUUCUGAAGUACGACCGACGCACUCAACAUUUCGUCGGACUUCGCAGUUCAGAUAUAAGAUCAGUGUCUCGUCUUCGCGAUCCAACGGAAUACGUCUCUAAGGCAAAGCAUCGAUGGACUGGUCAUACAAUGAGAAGGCAGACAAAAGAUGAAUACUGA